CCGAGCGCGCGCACUUCACCAACGAGGGGUGGAAAGGGAGCACGAGAGCGCAGAAGAGCAUCGUUUUCGUACCUUGGUGAGAAGUUUGCUACCACCCAACGCUCGGCUUGAACCAUUUCUUUUUUGUUUCUUUGUUUGUUUAACAAAAAGAUUCCAGGAUGCUCGGGAUGAACGCGCGUUACAGGAUCCGCACGUGCGCUUGCCUGUGCUGAUCUGAUCCCCGUUGCGCGCGGGCUGUGAGCUUGGGGACGCGCUCUAUUGAGUCGCUCCAUACCAGUUUAAAAAGAAAAACUUUUUUUUUUUUGAACAUUCGUUUAUUUUUUAACUUUUUUACAUUUUAACGCCAAAGACUGAGGGCUUUUCUGAGGAUUAGGAAUCAGGCUCAGCACGUGCGCUCGCCCUGCGUUCGUGGUUAGGAGCGCGCGAAUGUUGACGCCAGCGCGUGCCGGAUGAGCAUGAAUCCGCUGCCAUGGCUCGCUGUGAUCGCGGCGUUCAGACUCUUCUCACGGCUCUGGGCGCGUUCGCCGCCUUCAGUCUCAUGACGGUGGCCAUUGGCACGGACUACUGGCUCUACUCGCGCGCCUAUGUGUGUAACGCCACCAACAGCAGCGCGGACGAAGCGGAAAACCUGCUGCAGCCCAAAAAGACCAAAGGAGACCUGACACACUCUGGCCUCUGGAGGAUCUGCUGUAUUGAAGGAAUCAACAAAGGAAGCUGUUACCGGAUCAAUCACUUCCCUGAGGAUAAUGACUACGAUACAGACAGCUCUGAGUACAUCCUGCGGAUUGUGCGAGCAUCCAGCCUUUUCCCCAUCCUGAGCACUAUCCUGCUGCUGCUGGGAGGAGUGUGUGUGGCUGUAGGACGAGCUUACAGCGGCAGGAACAACAUCCUCCUUAGUGCUGGCAUCUUGUUUGUUGCUGCAGGUCUGAGCAACAUCAUAGGCAUCAUUGUGUACAUCUCGAGCAACGUCGGCGACCCCAGCGACAAGAAAGGCGAAGACAAGAAGAACCAGUACAGCUACGGUUGGUCCUUCUACUCUGGCGCGCUGUCGUUCAUCGUGGCCGAAGCCAUCGGCGUGCUUGCUGUCAACAUCUACAUUGAGAGAAACAAGGAAGUACACGUCAAACGUCGCAACUUCCUGAAAACUGGCCCGUCGUCCUCCUCACCAUACAUGCGAAUUCCAAGUUACCGCCAGCGCCGACGGCGCUCUCGGUCCAGCUCGCAUUCCACGGAGCCGUCUCGAGACAACUCGCCCGUCGGGAGGAAGAUGGCGGCGUCCGCUCUCCCUCUAGGUGAGAUCUCCAUGUACACUCUAGGUCGAGAACACCCACUGAGGUCAGGAGGCGCGCUCGGACCCUACCCAGAACCACCCAACUUUCUGCAAGUUCACAACUGCUUCGCCAAAGGCACAAAAGACGGCGUUAACCGCAGGACCACGCCCGUUUAAGCAACACAUGUCGGCUUCAAGAUGGCUGAUCGUCAAGGAGGAAGUUUCAGCAGAGAAAUUAACAAAGAAAUGUUGAUUUAAGGGAGCGAGGGUUCGUUAGCACACGUUUUAAAACUAUCUAAUAAACGUUGUAGCAUUUUCUGAGCCAUGUCCCUGGCUCUGAGUUUCAUACUGUAUAUCCAUAUGCACAGUCUGCAGUCCAAGUAGCAAUAUUUCAGUGCACCGAAUAUUGAAAUAUUGAACUAUUAUCUCAAUUGUUUGAGUAUUUUCAUGUUUUCUUUGUGCUGGUGUCUUUGACACUCAAGACCAGUGGACACUGGACAUGCCGUCACUUGUAGCUUAACAUUACAGAUCAUAGCCCAUUCUCAUUCAAAUCCAUUUUUUAAAAAUGGGGUGGAUUUUUCAAUCCACCCCAGCAGCAUUAGGGAUUAGAGGCAUUGUGCUUGCAUACUAAUAGUCUCUUCCUAUCUAUUUUUUUUUCCACCCACGUUCAGGGGUUUAGUGUAAACUCCACAGAAAGCCAGUAAAAUCUUAAAACCACACUUUCUAUACACUGUGUAUUUGAAUUAAGAUCACAAUCUACAAAGAUGUCGUGAUUAUGCAACUUGUAGUUGCGAAGCAUUCGUACGCUAUGAUACUCAUUUCACAUCACCAUCGAAAAACAAAAUAAACACACAUGUACAUGUUGUUUGGAGUCCUGCUGUAUCAUGCCACGUUUCUUAGGUGAACAGCUUUUUAAUUUACAGCAUGGGCAAAAAAAAGGGGGGAGAGCAAACAAGACUUAGCAACCUAUGCUCUUCUUCACCUUCUUUUGCUUUUUGGGUGCUUUAUAUCCAGUGUAUUGUAUUUGCACCCUUUGCAAUACAGUUUGCAAAAAAGAAAAAGGAAAAUAAAGUAGCUAUGCACCUACUGUAGUGGAGUCUGGAGCAGAAUCUGUUCUAAGGAAGAAGCUGACGGACAAAUAUACAGGAAAUUAAAAAGGUAAUCUGAGCAAUUGAGAAGGUGGGAGUUCACCCGGCUAGGCUGAGAGGGGUGUGGCUAAGAAGGGCCAUGGCUGAGAGGAGGUGUGGUUAAAAGGGGCAAACUAGGCAUGUUCCUUUAAUUAUUAAACAUUAAUCAAAUAGUCUGAUAUCUCUCUCAAAACAAAACAUACAAGAAAUGUAAAUUCAUCUACUCAUUAUGGAUAAUCCUGAAACUGCCAAAAUAUGUUUAAAAAAAUGUACAGUAUGCACAUUCUCCUGCCUGUCCUUUGCUGAGACGUGUCCAGCGUGGAUUGUCCUGACAUGACGAUAAUUUGAUGUGACUCUUACACAAUGCAUCUUUUGAGAAUUUAGCCUGAGACACCAUGGGAAAAAAAAGGAACGCUCGAAAGGUGCUUAUUCAGUACAUGAACUCGUCUGGCUCAAGUCUGGUCCUCGUCCUCUUUUAGGAGAUUUUAUAGCUAGUGAAGAAGCCAUUUUGUACAACCACACUUUCGAACCACUGCCAUUUUGUUUACUUCUGAUGUUUACAUUUCGACGACUCUGCCGACGUGAACGAGUUCUGUCUUAUACAUUCCUUUAUAUCUAAAGACUAAAGAAAGAAAAAAAUCGUCGUCAUAUAGUCAAUUCUGUGGAUGUUUAAAGGAGUUUUUCGCUCAGGGAAGUUUCAUAGUAAUUGGCUGCGACCUAGAAAUAUAACACGUCAUCCUUUACAUUGGACCAAACUCACAGCACUGUUGAUCUAUGAAUCUAUGCGUCGUCGUCUCUGAACUGCCGUUUUGUGUUGGGACACAAGUGUCAGGACAUAUGGUCUAACACGUGGCUAAUUUGCUCCUGCCGUGUCGUCGGUGGCUUAUAUAUCUUGACACUCCAUGCUAGAAAGGAGCAUUUGACUAAUGAAGCAAGCCUGAUUGCCUUAUAACACAGAGUCCAUUCAGCAGCACCACAGAACGCAUUAGAGCAUCCACGGGGUGGCGAAUUAAUGUACUACAGUGCUGAAAACAUGACAACGAGUCUACUGCAGCAUUCCCAAACACUCAAAGAUGUUUGCCAGGAUCUCUAGGAACAAUGAAAUGUGGGUAAUUAAAAAAAAAAAAGUAAUAACGGUCUGGUGGCAGUCGAGACUUACAGAUGAUAACUUUCCAGACAGAGGAUGCCACCGUGAUGUUAUAACUGCCAAGAAGUCGAUUUGCUAUAAUGUUAUUGCUGUGAUCAAUCAAACAUGGACAGUUGUUGUUUCUCUGUGGACGCUGUGAAAUUGUCUCAUAUCAUAAUGGCAUUACCGGAGGAAAUAUCUUUCUAUUCCCAACAGUUAUUGUCAUGGCAACAGUUAAUAAACACUAAGUCAAUUCUCCUAUGAUUCUGAAGUAGUCUACAUUUCUCUAGAGACCCAGCGAAGACAAGAACCUUCUAGUUGGUUAGUUUUCCCAUAAACUACUAAACUACCUUUUAAUAACUGUGUAACAGCAACCGUAAAAAAAAAAAAAAAAAAAAAAAAAAAGAGAGAGAGACACGGUCAUGCAUACUUGUGAUUUAGCACAGCGCUUUCUGUUAAUCGAUAACACGUUUAUAGUGCAUAAUAUUUUUUGUGGAAGAUUCGCUCUGUGCAUUAUGAUGUAAUUUUGUCUGCUUUUUUCCUGACUGUAGUCAACGUAAAUAAAAACGAAGACGUUAAUGUUGUGCUUGUACUCGCUGAUCAUCACUUCAUCACCAGAUUCCCCGAAGAAUAAGUCUGUAUUAAAAACAAUAA